AGCUAGCGGCAACAUGCUAACCGCAACAAGCGACUAUUUAGUACAGUGCAACAAGGUAAAAAAAAAAUCAUUUUGCGUCACAUACUCUCUUUAAUUUCUCACACAUACAGACGAUUUAUAUUUUAUAGCUUUCCCUGGGAGAGUCAUCUUCAUAAUAAGUGCAGCCUCGGAUGAGGAACGUUUCUGCCUCAUGUUUUGUAUUUUAAUUGCUUUCCAAUCUGGAAAAUGCCACGCAACUAUGACGACUACCUUUUUGAAAUAUGCUUUAUGCAUUCGAAGGCGUUUUGUGUUAUCUGGCUAUUUGGGGUAAUAGUAGUAUAACAUUUGCCCACUAGAUAGCAGCGUUGCUUAAACGUGUGUUACGUUCCCCGCCUUUAUUGUGAGAAUUGUGUUCCUUGUCUCUUCUAUUACAGAUGUAGUUAGAAUUAUGCAAAUCUUCCUAGACUGGAUGUACUAUUGGAGGGUGAACAAUGGACUGCUGAUAUUAUAUGUUUAGGGUGAUUUAUUAAAGGAAGAUGAAAGCAUGGGACGAGGGUUUGCUUGUUUUACACACUUGGAAUGCCCUUCUAAAAGUGCUUAUUAUUUACAGUCUCUAAUUAUGACUGAGGCUGCCUUCACAGUUGCUUUACACUAUCCUAUGCUGCUGCUAAAAUAUAUAUAUAUAUUCUAGUCAUGUAUUGUUUUUUUCUUGUAAUACAAUGUAAUUUCCCAUCAGUUCUUUUCACUGUAUUAGGAAAUAUAUCGAAUGUAUUUUAAUUGGAAGCUGCACUCAUAGAAUAGUGGUCAUGGUGAGUCAUAUCAUGUCAGCCAGCCCUGACAGCUCUAUAAACAGCAUUAAGAGUAUCUUCAGCGAGGGCCUCAUUCAACCAGCCCAACAACCUAUUUUCACUUCUGCUUCUCUGGGGAAGUAAGGAAGCACAUGACUUGAUCCAGCUGAUGUGAGUUACCCUCCUUGUUCAAAGUUCAUUCUACUUGGUGCAGAUUAGUGAGGGCGGUUACUUUUACAGCAGCACUGCACAGUGAGCGUCAGUCAUGUCUCAGCAGGUCUCCGCUUGCCUUUGCUCCUGACAUGAGAACGUGGACAGAGUAGGAACUUAUCUGGACUCCCACAAGUCCCUUCACGGUGCCCUGUUAAGAGUGUGGCACUGCACACAUGGCUCUUACGCUAACAAAGGAUGAGAGGGUAAAAGGGGAGAGGAUCAAUAGAGAAACAGGGGAGCUGAGCGCUUCAGGGGAGCUGUCUGUCUCUGUGGAGUUGGACAAGAAGAAAGCGGAGGCCUCUUCAGACCCUCUGCCCUCAGAGUUGCUCCGAGAACAUCUGCAAGAACUUGACGUUCACCAGUGCUCAAGUUUGGACCACAAUGGAGACUCUGUCCCAUUAAAGCAGGAGUGUCUCGUCAGAGUCCUGCCUCUCUAUAUACAGGUGUGUGAGGAAGACGGGGGGUUUGAGGGGUUGGACUUGAAGGUACUUGCAGCUGUCACCGCAGACACAGUCAUCUAUAACAUCCAAAACAGGCUUGCGGAAAGGCCUGCAGAGGAUGCUCGUGAAGAAGUUGUACGAUUCUUCCAACCAGAACAUGAAGAGACAAACUGCCCAGGAUGGCUGUUGCUUAAAUCUCUCUUGUUGCUAACGGCUGACAGCUCAGACAUACUGUCAUGUAUAAAUCCAGGACUUCCUGCUGCCCUUGUGAAAUGUUUGUACCUACUCGUAUGCAUCCCAGCAAAGGAGAACUUGAAAGAGAGCUUUCAAGAGCUACUAACACAGGUUCUUCUCCAGCUUUGCAGACAACCAGUGAAUGUGGAACGGCUGAUAGAGACCCAGGAGCUUCAGUGCCUCAUAAUUGGGCUCACGUCACUUUGGGACCAGACCAGCAUCCCCUGGAGGCAUGAGGCCUCCCGCAUCCUUAAGGCGAUUUCCGCUGUGGCCACGAGCAACACUACUUCAAACCUGCUUGGCAAAAACUGCAUUCGCAUCUGCAUCCAGAAUCUGUCCCGCAUCGGCCCUGAAGUGGCGGGCCCGCUGUUAGCGGAGGUGGCCGUGGCUGUGUUUAGCUUCGUUCGAGACACAUAUCCUCUCAACCCAGCCCUCUUCACCGAGUUUGACUCCCACAAUGGCUACAAGGCGCUGGAAAACAUUCUCCAACGUUGUGAAGGAGGCGUAUCAGAGGAUCAGUUCCAGUCUGUGGAGGAGAUGCUGGCGCUCAUUGCCUCGUUCACCCUGCUUGGAAAAACAGAGCUCAAAGUGGCUCUUUGUGUCAGUCACCCACAACCUCCGGGCUUUACAUUUGAGCCUCCAUUCAAUAAAGAUUCAUCAGUGAAGAAUUUACCUGCCUUCCACCUGCUGCAGGACUCCUUGCUGCGUUCACAGGAUUCUCUGCUGUGCUGCCAGAUUCUAAGGACCCUCCAGAUGAUUUGGGAGCGGGACAAAGCUAAUUUCUUCCUCUUGGAGUGGACCGUCCAGACCAUGGCCCAACUGGCCGCAUGUGUGUGGCGCAAACCAAAAGCGGUCCAAGCGUUGUUCUGUUCAAUGCUCGAGAUGGUCAUACUCAAGCUGAACUACAUUCCCCAUGAGGCAUUGCGGGUCAUGCUGGGCAUACUGAAGCAGAGCUGGUCAGGGUCACUGGCUACAGGGGAAGGAAGGGCAGAAUAUGAAGUGACAACUCUCAAAAGCUUUCACAGAAUGACAGUGCACAGUGGUAUGCUAGCAGAGGUGCUAACUGACUGGGGCCUCCUGGAGAUGCUUCUGGGAGAACUUCGCAGGAGAGCCAAGAUCAUCCGGAAGGCUGGCGCUGCCUCCACCGCUCAGUUAAAUGCACAGCAGCUGCCAUGUGUAGAGGACAAUGACACGUUACUCACCACUUGUAUGCUUCAAGUCGUGUCCACCCUUACUCUGCGUUCAGUCAAGAACACAGUUUCGGUACGAGAGCUUGGAAUGAUCCCAUACAUAAAGAUCUUCCUCGACGAAGAUCGGUAUCGAGCUCCCACACUGAGCAUUUUGGAACAUCUCGCCGAACUGAACCCAGAGGAGUUCAUGAGUACCGCCAUAGGAGCCCUCUGCUCUUCCACACAACAUGAACUGGCUUUGAAGCGGGAUCUUUUACAGUCUGUGCUAAAGGUGCUGGAGAGCCCGAAUAGCUGGGACGCUUUCCGACGAGCUGGUGGCUUUACCGGAAUGCUCUCACUCGUGCUUGACAUGGAAGGCGCUCUGGCCGACCCUCCUCUGGGAGAAGCGUGGCAGUCCGUCGGACAUCAACCACUGCUCGACGUCCUCCUUCUCACCCUCCACAUCUUGGCCUCUGCUGUGCAUCUUCACGUGGUGAAUGCACACUUUUUUCAGACUGGCGGCUAUUACGAAAGGCUGGCUGAGGCUCUCCUCCAGCUGGGCUGCUUCCACACUGAAAGACGAGAGAGGAGCAGGUGGGAGACAGAGGAUAGAUGCUUUGUCAAGACUGCAGAAGACCGUCAGCCUCUUGGAAAAAGCUUCCAUCAGUUUGUUGAGUUAGCACAAGAGGUGCCUGCAGGUCCCUCCUCCCCAUCUGUCCACCUCCCCAUCACUCUUCGGGCUUGCAUUAGGCUCAUUUCCUACCUUGACCACUUUGCGACAGGCCAUUGCUCCUCUCUGGACUUUAACUUUGGAUUAGAACCUGGGAAUGGGUGUGACGGGGACCAAAAGAAAAUAAAUGUAUUGACAGGGCAUGAUGGUAGUUCAGCGUCACCUGUCCACAUGGGGCCUGUGCAGCCAUCUUUGGCGGACAUACAAGGGAGCGGUAGAGCCACGAGAACCAGCAUAUCCACAGCCUACUUCGAUUCCCAGUCUAGGUUCACCUGUGAACAUAUCACACUUCACCCAGGAGCUAUUAGAGUCAUCAUGAUGGUCCUUCCAUCAGUUUUUAUUCCUGAGGACACACAGCUCUCAAUGGAGGUCCAGUUGGCAGUGGCGAAGCAAGUUCAGGCUGCGGUUAAAUCUGAGCAAAACUGUCAGAUAAUGUGUGAAGGAGGGCUUAUCUCCACACUCCUGACUCACUGUCGCAGCAUGCUGCUUGAUCCAAAUCACCCGUUACAUAUGACUGUUACAAGAGUCUUGGAAAAGCUCUCCUCCCAGGCCAUCACACCUUCAGACCUCAGAAAGUUUUUAUGUUUAGGAGACCCUCUUAUGUGCUUGGCCGACAAAGCAGGAGUGCCAUUAAAACCAGGAGAAGAAGCUGAUCUCAGCACAAAGGCAGACACUUUAGCGGGGUUCACGGCAAGGACAAUAAAGCGGAACUUCAACCUGUUGCAGUCUUCGACUUGCGGUGAAUUGUCAGCCCGUUCCACCAUUCCUGCCCACCAGAUCAUCAGUCUAGUGUCCAUGACAUCACCACGGACAUUUCGGCCACUUCGACUCUCCUCCACACCUGCCUUUGUGGAGUUUGACAUGAGCGAGAGUGGCUAUGGCUGCCUUUUCCUGCCCUCUCUGGCCACAGUGAAGGGGGUGACAGCCGAUUCCAUCUCAACUGGUGGAGUAGGAGGAGACUGCCGAGGUUUCCCUCCUACAGCCGGUCUGUCCUUUUCCUGCUGGUUCCAGAUCAAUAGGUUUAGUUCAGCAUGUGAUUCACACCCAAUUCGACUACUGACAAUCGCUCGCCACAUGUCACGGACGGAGCAACAGUACAUCUGCUUGUCUAUCUCCUUCUCAGCCUAUGAUGGUUGUCUGGUCCUCUCCACUGAAGAGGAAGCUUUUACUUAUUUGGAUAUGAUGGAGCCAGAGGUGGGCACCCCAACCUCUUUGCCCACCUCAUUGAGGUUCUGUUGUUCCAGCUUGCUUGUUCCAGGUCAGUGGCACCAUCUUGUUGUGGUCAUGGCAAAAGACAUGAAGAAAAGCUGCAUGGCUUCCGCCUACUUCAACGGCAAAGCAAUAGGCACUGGAAAGAUGAGAUACAUUCAGCCCUUCCCUGGGAAGUAUGUCUACAUGGACCCCACGGCUGUGAUUGAUGUGUAUGGACUGAUCGGGACGCCCGCUCUUUGGAAAGAACAUGCUGCUCUAGUGUGGAGGGUUGGGCCCUCUUACCUUUUUGAGAAGGCUUUAAGCCCCGAGGUUGUAGGUGUAAUAUACUCUCAAGGCACUUCCUAUAUGGGCAACUUUCUGGCUCUGUGCAACAAAGAUCACAAUCCAGAAGUGGAGUCUGUCCCUCUCCGGUUGGUUCCUGAGGAGAGGAUCACAUUUGGCAUCAACCCAGCAGUUUCCACAUUAACUACUGUUGUGGAGAUUAGAGAGAAGUACAAUGAAGUGGACUGCAGACUGAUUGCUAAAGAGCUGGGGAUAACCUCUCGAGACCAGUCUACUCCAGUGUUCCUGGCUCACAACAUCAGCCAGCACCUGAGUGGGACAGCCCGGACCAUUGGAGCAGCCCUGGUUGGAAAUUAUGGUGUCCGCACAUUUAUCCCCAGAAGUGCUGCUGAUGGUUUCCUGUACCUUGGCGGGCCUGCAGUUGUUCUCAGUCUAAUUGCAAUGGCAGCAGACGACACCUCCUUGUAUGCAGCGGUCAAGGUUCUCCACUCCGUACUGGAGACUAAUUCUGCCAUGCAGCAGGAAAUGAAGCGCAUCAAUGGAUACAAAGUGCUAGCUUUCUUGUUGAAAAUGAAGAGCUCUCUCAUCAGCCACAGAACUUUUCAACUGAUUCUGCACCUCACGAGUUCCAUGGAGCUAAGCUCUGGUUCAGAUUGUCUGCAGAGUACAGCCGCUUUCGAGGUUCUUCUGUUGGAUCUUGAGUUGUGGAAGAACACUUCCGAAAAUCUGGAUCUCUCAAUUCUGAACCACUUUGCUGAGAUCUUGAAGUCCCCAAGCAAUGACAGCAGUAUUGCAGUGGUCAUGCACCGAAUGGGCCUGCUGCAAAGUCUACUGUUUGAACUUUGUGACCCUUCAGUGACCUGUCAAAGGGUCAAGCUUAUUACUUGUGUCAUCACGCGUCUGCUGAAAAGUCACUUCACUGCUCUGGAUAUAAGCAGACUUGGCCUCUUUUUGGUCUACACACUCCCUCCUCUACGCAACACCACUGAAAGCCAUGGCAUGUCAGACUGUGAACUUUCCCAAGAAAAAAAUGCUCAGAGUUCUGCCAGCCUCAUUCUCAUCCGCAACCAGCUGCUACUUGUUCUUUGUGACAUCCUUGCCUCAGACAGCCUUCUGAUCAAAGAUCAGCAGAAUCCUGUCUUUGAUGUUCUGGGCAGUGAUUGGUUCCUGCUCUUCCUGAAACCGCACCUUCAUUCUUCUACUUUGAAACUGGGACUCGUCCUGCUCACGCACUUUCUGUCCAGUCCCACACAACAAUGCAGAUUCAGGGAGACUGUGCUCCCUGGAAGCCUCAUAGAUGGCAUGGAGGAGCCUUUUGCCAUCAUGGACAAUCUUCGGGGUCACUCUUGGUCAUAUGAAUGCUCCAGUGUAGCAUGCCCUGGCUUUGAUGUUCUCCGAGGUCUUCUGCUCAGACACUGUCAGCUCCCUCAGGUCUAUGAAGCGUUGGCUGCUCUGCUGCUGGGCAGGAAGAUCAGCCAGUCUCUGGACAAAGAGGUGAACUUGGAUGACUCUCUCCAGUGCUUGAUUGACAGCCAAGCAGAUGCCUCUGCCCAACAACUCUGUGUAGAGGCUGCAACAAUACUACUGGAACUAGUCAAAGUCAUCAUCACUCAACAUAGGCCGGGCACUGAUGCAUCAAGGGAGUCGCCACUCCUUGUAAGUGUGAUGCAGUUCUUUUGCCUACUGCAUAACCUUCGACCCCGCGACCCACUGUGGGUCUCCACAGAGUUCCUUCACACCCUCGCUGCUGUUGUCUUCCCCUGGUGCGGUGUAGAGGACCAGAAUGAGCCUUGCAGAAUAAAUGAAAAGGAUGUGUUGAAGAAUCAAUCAGCAAGGAAGCCAAUAUACGACUUCAUUCGUAUUCUGGUGAUGAACAUUCUUUUUAAUGUGUGUGACAGCAGCAACACACACCCUCUAGUGUUACUGAUUGAGUUUUGCCCAGAUGCGGCAUCGUUGGAACAGAGGCAGCGUUUCCAGACUGAGUGGCUGGAGCUCAUCAUGGACAUCAUCCACAGGCUCUGCAAUGACAAGGACAACAGUACUCAUCUCUUCUCACAAGGCUCCAGAGGGCAGACCCCUGCAGGCCAGACUUGCAUGUUGAUGGAGAAUGUGGUGCUCUUCAGCAAGGUUCUGGUUCAAACACUUUACAACGGAACAUUCCUGGGGGCCUCUGAGAGUUUGCUCAACUUCCUCGCAGAUCAGAUUGUAGUGGCCCUGGAAAGAGGCCACACUCACAAAGAGAAGACGGUGUCAGCCCUCUACUCCUGCGCCAAUAAAGUUUUGCUUUACUUCCUGUCUCAACCCCGACAUUCCCAAGCUGAGAUGGAAGGCAUCAUACGGACUUUCCAAACCCUCAAUGAUCGCUGGGAUGUUCUCAUGGCGACGUACAAUUCCAAUGUGAACUUCAUCACAUGCCUUCUUCAUUGUCUCUUAUUGAUUGGAUCUGGCAGCUACCCUGAAGGAUUUUGGCGGGGAGCUCAAAAAGUGCCAAACAGGAAACUUUCAACCCACCUAUUUUCUACCAAAGCCCGACACAAAGCAGAUGUUGACUCUAGGGCAGAAAUUUUCACAGAUGACAAAGAAGUGGUAUCCUUAGCAAAGGCCUGCUGGUCAAAGGUCAUGAUGGAGCGGCAGCAAACCCUAGAAGAAGUGUACAAGAUAGAGAUCUCAGCCAGCCACAUCGCAGAGAGGGCACCUGUGAGCAUGACUGACAUCAGCCCACUGUGGGAGGAGACUGCACACAAAGCAUGGCUGCUGCACUCAGAGAAUCAGAAGCACGGAACGGCCAGCAGCUCUCUCAAGAAGUUUGACGUGAUCAGCAGUGCUGUUCGCUCAGCUCUGGGGAAACAGGACAAGGAGAGCGUGACAGUGGAGGAGUUCCUCUCCUAUAUGGAGUCACACCGACAAAGGGCUUACAGGAUGUUUGAGAAUAUGAGGACAAAUCACUUACAGUCACGAGCCAGUGAGUGGGAUCGGGUCAACUCCCAGUGGCUGCAUAUGGAGGCAGAGCUUCUGAGAGAGAGAGCCGUGUUUGGGCCGAGCCCUGGUGUGCUGCUGAGCUGUGACUGGGUGCAAGAUGCUGCUGAAGGACCCAAUCGGACCAGACUACGCAUACGCAGAAAGGAACUGAGACUAUCCAGACGGGUGCUAGGAGACCUGUCUCUGAGUUUGAGGUUGGUUACGUCAGCAGAGAGCAACAAUGGUACAGAAGCUGACACAGAGUCAAAGAUUCUAUGCGAAGUUGGCGCCAAGGCGAAAGAGGAGCAUGAAGAUGGAGGACAGGCGUGUGAGCAGCUGACCUUCUUUCCUGUUUUGAAUGAGCCACCUGCUGCCAGUGAAGAUCCACUCAACCCCUUCACCCCUGAGUUUUGCUGCCACACGCAGACAUGCACUGACAUACGCAUCAUCCUGCAGGAGCUGCAUCCUGGAGAGGAGGUUAAUGCUAAGAUGUGUGUUGUGUUGGUGAGUGGCCUGAAAGUGACAGAAGGGGUGCUGCUGUUCACCAAAGAGGGUCUGCUCCUGUGCCAAGGAUUCACUUUGAGUCCGACAGGAGAUGUUUGCUGCAGGAAGCACCACCCCAGCAGUGUGAGGGAUUCCUUCAUUUCGAGCAUGCUGAGUAAGGAGUCCACAUCCAGUUGCAGACACUGGCUCUAUGACGACAUUAAGGAGGCCCGUUUUAUGCGGUUCUUGCUUGAGGACAAUGCCAUUGAGGUCUUCAUGAAAAACGGUUACUCAGCCUUCUUGGUGUUCAUAAAUAAAGACCACGUCUCUGCAUAUAAAAGGUUAUGCAAGGUGGUUUCGUCAUUAAAAGGCAGAGGUGUUGCUGAUGUCAUCGCUAACGCCAGGAAGACGCAUGUGGUUGAGAAGACAGCCCUUGUUAAAUGGCAGAAAGGGGAGAUCAGCAAUUUUGAAUACUUGAUGCAUCUGAAUACUGUUGCUGGGAGAACAUACAAUGACCUCAUGCAGUAUCCAAUUUUUCCCUGGGUCCUAGCUGACUACAAGUCAGAGACACUGGACCUGUCAAAUCCUGCAACCUUCCGUGAUCUGUCAAAACCAAUGGGCGCUCAGACGGAGAAAAGAAAGCAGAUGUUUAUCCAGAGAUAUGAAGAAGUGGAGAACAGUGGGAGUGAAGGAGAUUUGUCAGCACGAUGCCACUACUGUACUCACUACUCCUCAGCCAUCAUUGUGGCCUCUUUCCUUGUUCGCAUGGAACCAUUUUCUCACACCUUUCAGGCACUGCAGGGCGGAUUUGAUAUCCCGGAGCGGAUGUUUUAUAGUGUAAACAAAGAGUGGGAGUCUGCCUCCCGAGACAACAUGAGUGACGUCAGAGAGCUGAUUCCUGAGUUUUUCUACCUGCCGGACUUCCUACUUAAUGCCAACCACAUCCAGCUGGGCUGCAUGGCGGACGGAACCGCUCUUGGAGACGUGGAACUGCCGCCAUGGGCGAAAGACGACCCUCAGGAGUUCAUUAGAAUCCAACGUGAGGCCUUGGAAAGCGACUACGUGAGUUCACACCUCCACUUGUGGAUUGACCUGAUUUUUGGGUACCGUCAACAAGGCCCCGCUGCCGUCGAAAGCGUCAACACCUUCCAUCCUUACUUUUAUGCCCAGAGAGGCCGUCAGGAUGCCAAGGACCCACUCAUCACGAGCACAAUCUUGGGAUAUGUCAGCAACUUUGGUCAGAUUCCUAAGCAGCUCUUCACCAAACCUCACCCAUCUCGUAGUGGCACAAAGAAAGAGGCGGCGGCAUCACCACCUCAUCCAACUCCUUUUUUCUUCAAUCUUGACAAACUCAAGACGACAGCCCAACCAUUCAAAGAGCUGCCAGGAGGUCCAGUCGGUCAAAUAAUGUGUCUGGAGAAAGAAGUGAUCAUUCUGGAGCGAAACCGACUCCUCCUGUCACCUUUGUUGAGCAUCUACUUCAGCUGGGGUUUUCCUGACAACAGCUGCGCUUUUGGAAACUACUCCACUGACAAGACCUUUGCUGUGUGCGAGAGUUUAUGUGACUGGGGGUCCACGCUGUGCGCCGCCUGCCCCAACCCAACAACCAUCAUCACAGCAGGAAGCUGCACUGUGGUUUGUGUGUGGGAUGUGGCAGUCAACAAGGACAAACUCGUCCACAUGAAACUAAGACAGCCACUAUAUGGUCACACGGAUGUGGUGACAUGCCUAACAGCGUCUGAGGUCCAUAGCUUGGUGGUGAGCGGUUCCCGGGAUCUGACGUGCAUAUUGUGGGAUCUGGAGGAGCUAAGCUACGUCACACAGUUGGUUGGACAUACGAGCAGUGUCUGUGCAGUGGCAAUAAAUGACCUGACGGGUGAGAUUGCAUCAUGUGCUGGGUCUGUGCUGUACCUGUGGACCAUGAAGGGUCAACUGUUAGCUUGCUCUGAUACUUCCUGUGGGCCUCAGGCUGACAUCCUAUGUGUCAGCUUCUCACAGCGGCAGGAGUGGGACGCCAGGAAUGUGGUGGUCACCGGCUGUGCAGACGGCAUCAUACGGAUAUGGAGGACAGAGUACACCAGAAGACAAUUAACUGGCCCUCCAGAAGAGCCUGUGUCCCUAGGGCGAGACCCAACAGCGCUGGCAGAGAGCGCCGCAGCCCACAGCAGGUUAAACACUGGAAGAGAUGUCUGGUGUUGCGUCGGGAGAUCAACAGAAGUCAUCGCACCAAAAAUAAUCCAGCUGUCACAGUAUUGGCCAUGUCCAGGACCCAUGCUACGUUGCUGGCAGGUGACGCCUGGGGCCGAGUUUUCACUUGGACAUGUGAGUGAGCUUACUUGGACCUGUGUUACAUUUAUUGUUGGUGCCUCAUUCAAGAUUUGAACGUAGUGAAUUUUACCGCAAAUGUGAAUAGUGAAUACACUACUGUACUUCUCUAUGUAAAUACUGGAACUGCAAAUUGAAUUAAACAUUUUUAGCUAUACAAGAGUAUUUGCGAGUUUCUUUAUUGUCUUACAACUGGAUUU